UGUAAUUUUCUGUGGAACAUAUAUAAAUUCCAAUACAAUUUCUUCAUGGUUCGCGGUCGUGUAUUCAGUUGGUUACUGAUAUCCGAAAUAUAAAUAUAUCCGAGUUAACGGGUUAUCAGAUAACAGAUAAGAUUUGAUAUUGUUACGUAUAGCACAGGGCAAGGAAAUAUUAUUUGAAUAUGAAUAUUAGAUUGGCCUCUAUGUACUUAUGUAUGUAUUUGCAUUAAAAAUCGCCAAAUUUCCUUUUGUUGAUAUCGGAAAUAAUCGAUAGUUGACUGUUGAAUAAUCCAAAAAUGAGACAUCGCUAUGAUUUUGACAGCAAUAAAAUACGUCACAGAAGAUAAUUUUUGGUAACAAAUAAACGUAAUUGUAGAAUUAAGAGUAAAUAAGUUUCUAGGUAAAGCGAAGCUCAAACUAAAAUAAAUGAAGUGCGCUGUCUUAAAUUGCAAAAGCACCAACCUUUCGAGGGCGUCCGAUUUCAGUUUUUUUCGUUUUCCCAGUGAACCCACUUUGUUAGAGAAAUGGAUGAAAUUUUGCCGGCGCAAAAAUAAAUUCAAUCCAAGCACAUCUGUAAUGUGCAUGAAUCAUUUUACUCCUGAUGAUAUCGAAAACAGACAAAAAUUUGAAAUGGGUUUCUCGAAACGAAGAUUGCUUAAGAAUGGAGCUGUUCCAACACUUUAUAAAGGCAAUGUUGAACAAGAGAUUGAUGAAGCAACUAAGCUAGAGAAUAAAAGAAUUGUGGAUGAAUUACUUAAGCAAUAUGAUGCGGAUCUCACAAAAGCAGAAGAGUUGAAGGAGACAACCAUUGAUAUUUCAGAAAACAUGGAUGAAGAUAUUGAAGACUUCUUAAAGAACGAACACACCCUUAUUGAAAACCAAGAAUCGCAGAAUCCCUUGCAUGUCUCAUACACACAAAAUUCUGGUGAAGUUUCAGAUACGGAGCAAAAGUUGAUCGAACUGAAACGCGCCAAUGACGCGCUGCAAAAAGAAAAUAGCCAACAUCGCAUAGAGCUCGCUGCAGCGAAACGAAUUUUAAUAGGAGAGCAAAGGAGACAUCGUUACGCGGUGCAGGCUUUGUCAAAACGUUUAACUAUAGUCGAAACACAGAAGAAAAAUUAUGAGAAAAAAUUGCAAAGCAUCUUUUCAAAAUCCCAAAUAGAAUUGAUAAAAAAUGGCAAUAGUGUGAGCUGGUCUACAAGUGAUAUAGAGGCAUAUAAAGUUAUUUAUACAACAAACAGUACAAUUUAUAAGUUUUUAUUAGAAAAAGGGUUUCCUUUGCCCUCCAUCCGCUUAAUUGAAUCAUCAUCACCCAGCCCGGAAAUAUCAUCAAAAAUAAUAAAACGAGUACAAGAACAAGAACAAGAUCAAAAUCAAAAUGAACUACAACAGCAAGAUGCAGAUCUCUAUGAAGAAGAACAGCAACAACAAUCACCAUCAUCUCUCCAAUCGUUAAUGGAUCAUAGUUAUAGUGAAGAAAUUGAAUUUGAAAUAUUAAAUGAAUAACAUAAAACAAAUAAUAAUAACUUUGUGAUUUGUACUUUUUA